UAAAUGGUGAACUAUGAACGUGAACGAUUCAUAUUUACUUGUAUGAACUGAACUUUGGACUAGUUCAUGAGAGGUAUGAACGUGCACAACACUGCUAAAGCGUAAUCCUUGUAGACUGGCAUGGGAGGCGAGAGACGCUCGCAUUUGAAUACCCAGCUACAGUCCGUUGAACAUGUGGUUAACUCUGAUCAUCAACACCCGCACAUGCAUACGCACUGUUUUUCAUGGUGAAAAAAAACCUCGCUCUAGGUAGUCGUCUGCACCACAGAGGGAUGGCUGCCCUUCAUCGGCAUAGGGAAGGAACCUAUGAGUAAAAAGUGAAAUUUGAGUUCAAUAGUGGAUUGUGCGGCAAUAUUUGUGGUAUUACUUACUAGCGACAGACAGAAUGUGUCACCUGUUAAAUAAUGUAGCGGAAUAUCCUGGACCGGUGGGGUACUGGCACAUACAGGCCUGUCACUGAGCCGUUUGACACCCUGGGGUCCCUGCCUGGCUGCACCAUGGGAGCUUGUUACUACUGGCUAUUCUGCUGCAUAUGAGGCUUGAACGAUUAGCAUGGAGACCGACACAUACACCCCUAACCUGGCCACCACGGACUGGGCUGGCAUGGUUGGGAGCAUUGGGGGGAUGGGAGGUGUAGAGGAGGGGGCCCAUGGGUCGGCAGGCCCCUCCAGCCCAGCCUGGUACAUGCCCUACCCGCUCGGCUUCCAGGUGUCCCUCACAGCCAUCCUGAUGCUGGAGCUGGUGCUGGGCUUCAGCAGCAAUAUGACCGUGCUGGUUCUCUACUCCUCCCAGUCCAACCUGGUGGACUCGGUCAGCAACAUGGUGACGGUCAACUUGCAUGUGUUGGACGUUGCCGUAUGUGUGCUGUGUCUGCCCCUCACCCUGGUGCUGGUGCUGCUGCCGCCAGGACCCAAUCUGGCCCUGCUCUGCUGCUUCCACGAGGCCUGCGUCACCUUUGCCAGCAUUGCCACCGCCAUCAAUGUCCUGGUCAUCAGUGUAGACCGCUACGACAUCUCUGUGCGACCAGCCAACCGGCUGCUGACCCUACGGAGGGCAGCGCUGCUGUUGGCUGCUGUCUGGGCCACCUCUCUGGCUGUUUUCUUCAUCCCUUUCCUGGAGGUGGAGUUUUUCUCUGGUGCUGGGACGAAGAGUGGCCAGCUCAGUCAUUCAUCCUCCCCCCCAACCCCCUCCUCUCUGACGCCAGUUUGGCAAAACCGAACCCUGCUGUGUGUAGGAGGGCAGGGCUACCACACAGGCCUGAGCAUGUACUACCACCUCUUGCUGCAGGUGCCCAUCUUCUUCACCACAGUGGUGGCCAUGCUGUUCACGUACUCACGCAUCCUGCGGGCCUUGAACAUCCGCAUAGGCUCCCAAUGGAAGAAGGUUCAUCGCUUUAGGGGCCCCUCCUGCGGAGGGCGCCAUAAGAAACCGAAGAAAAAGACAGGGCUUGGAGUGGAAGAGGCCGGAGAACAGUGUGCAGACAACACCAAGCACCUCACACACCCUCCCCUCAUCCCGUCACCCACCCUCACUGCCACCUCCCCCCCAGUCCUGUCCACCGCCCCCAUGGUUAAAUCAGAAAGUGCUGCCACCCCUGUACCCAUCACUGUUGGUGUCCAAGCAUCUGUGUCAGCCAUCAUUGCCCUGCGACGGGCGGUGCGGCGCCACCGCGACCGUCGUGAGCGCCAGCGGAGGGUGUUCCGGAUGUCUUUCCUCAUCAUCGUCACCUUCCUGGGCUGCUGGGCACCUCUGUCCCUGACCAACGUGCUGAUCCUGUGCCUGGGCCCAAGCGACGCCCUGGUCAGCCUACGCCUCUGGUUCCUGGCCCUGGCUUACGGCACCACUGUCUCCCACCCUCUGCUCUACGCCUUCACCAGGCAGAAGCUGCGCCUCGCUCUUCGAGCCAAGGUGAAGAAGAGGGUGGUGUCCCUGCUCCAAGUGGACCCCUCGCCAGGGAGCACCGUCAUACACAACUCCUGGGUAGAGCCGAGGAAGGGAGGGAGGAAGGUUCGACUGAUGGGCAAUGAUGCCGCUGACCGCUGCCUGGCAGAGGCCUUGUAAGACCAGCACCAAUUUGGCAUGUAUGGUUCAUUGCCAAUAGCCACACACCAAUGCAAGUCACAUACUGUAUGUUACUCAUGGGACUUCAAGCCCUUGUUGUGGGGGUAUUGUGCACGGUUCAGUUCCAGCUCUGGUCACUGGCAAAACGAAAAGUGAUGAUAUAUUUAAAAGUGCUUUAUCAAAUAUAUAGGAAUCCCCCAAUUAAGUGGUAUAAACUGGUUGGAUGUCUUUCUCCUAAUAAUUUUCUUAAUUAUGCCUCUAAUAUUGACACAUCAAAACUACACAUCAAUUUGUACAAAUGUGUUGAAAUACUAAGUCUCUGUUUACAAUCAGAGUAAAACAAAUAUAAAUGUUUUCAUUGCACUCACGAAGGUGCUUACAUAACUGCUCCAAAUGAGUGUAUGUUACUGUAAGCUAGAAAAUGAUCUGAAUGCCGCCCACUCAAGCUCUUGAAGGCAGCUUCCAGGACUACACAAACACAUGGGCAUAUAUGAAUACUCACAUCCUUUACUUAUGCCUUAAUCCUGUAGAAUGAUUCAUGCUAAUUGUGUUAUUUAUUUGCCAUUUUAGAAACCCAUACGUGUUGUUUUUUUUAACACAUUAUCAGACAAUAUUUGUAACCAUAGAAAAUAAUGUCUGUAUCUGUUAACUAUUCUUCAACAGCAACUGUGCUGUUGAGAGAGACAGAGAGAAAUGUGACAGUAGGAAAGUAAAAAGAAGUCAUUUGUUUCUUGAUACAAACAUUUGGUAAUGUAGUCCACACAGCUAUGAAUGAAAGUGGCUGAAUUUGUAAUUAUGUAAAUGUUUAUGUCAGUGAGAUAUUGAGUAGCCAUGGCAGCAUUGCCUUGUCCAGCUUCAUACUGGGUUAUAGUUGAGAAGUAUGUCGCUAUAUGUGAGACCAUCAGUCUUGAAUUUCCCUACAAUUUAUUCAACCGCUCAAGUCUUGACAAGUAGGGUUUACACAAUGAUCUGUGACACAGGCAGAAGAGUCUAUUAUUAGUAAUGCAGUGUUGAAAUUGUUCAAGAAAUUGUUACACAGUUUUGUGCUACUAACACACAUGCUCAUUGCUCAGGUUAAGUGAGUUUAUUAAGAGUUCUUAAAUAAAAUCUGGUGUAUUUUAAUUCUAUACGUUCUGUUCUGUAUAGUGUUUGCACAGUGCGCACACAUAAUUAUUACAUAUUAAUGUAAAUGGUGUUCUAUCUAUAUACUGAAUAUACUGUAAGUAGAAUAUCAAUAAAUUACUUUUGAGUUCUUGUCUUUUC